AUGGAGCCGGCCCGUCGGCGCCGGCGGAGGGCGCACACGGCGGACGAGGCGGCGGCGGUGCUGCGCAAGGCCUGGUGCCGGCUGCGGCUGUCGGCGCGCGACCCGGCGCGGGUGCCGCCGUGGGACGCCGUCGCGCUCACGGCCGCCAGCCCCGAGCAGGCCGCGCUCUACGGCCGCCAGCUCGCGCGCGCGCGCCGCCUCGGCCGCUUCCCGCCCUCCACCGCCGCCCUCGCCGUCCCGGACCCCGACGGCGCCCGCAUCGGCUCCGGCGCCGCCACGCUCCACGCCGUCGCCUCCCUCGCCCGCCGCCUCCUCUCCCAGGCCACCAAGGAAGAGAUCGCCGAAUUCCGUCUCCUCCCCGAGGCGAACGGCUCCUCCAUCCCGCCGGCCUCCGUGGCGCGCUUCAUGGCCACCAAGCACGUGCUGCUGCUCCACGCCGGCGGCGACAGCAAGAGGGUUCCCUGGGCGAACCCCAUGGGGAAGGCCUUCCUGCCGGUGCCUUACCUGGCCGGGGACAACCCCGACGGGCCUGUCCCGCUGCUCUUCGACCACAUCCUCGCCGUCUCAGCCAGCGCAAGGCAAGCAUUCAAGAACCAAGGUGGGAUCUUCAUAAUGACCGGGGAUGUUCUACCGUGCUUCGAUGCCUCGAACCUACUCCUCCCCGAUGACGCUGCGUGCAUCGUCACUGCGCCGACCACGCUCGAUGUGGCCUCUAAUCAUGGAGUGGUGGUGGCGUCCAAGGAUGGAACCGAGGCGCAGAAUUAUUCUCUCUGUUUGGUUGAUAAUCUCCUGCAGAAGCCGACAGUGAGCGAGCUUGUCGAGGGCCAGGCCAUUCUAGAUGAUGGUAGAGCACUACUUGACACGGGGAUAAUUGCAGUGAGGGGUAAAGCAUGGCAGGAGCUUGUUUCCCUUGCAUACUCAUCUAGCCAGACCAUGAUUGAGGAGAUCAUAACUAGCAGAAAAGAGCUGAGUUUAUAUGAAGAUCUUGUGGCUGCAUGGGUACCAACCAAGCAUGAAUGGUUGAGGGACCGUCCAUUUGGCAAGGAACUAAUUGCUGCUUUAGGAAGACAUAAGAUGUUCAGCUUUUGUUCAUAUGACUUCUCAUUUUUGCAUUUUGGUACAUCUGCUGAGGUUCUUGAUCAUUUGGCGGGUUCAUAUUCAGGACUUGUGGGUCGAAGGCACAUGUGUUCGGUACCAGAGACCACUGCUUGUGAUAUUGCUGCGACAACAGUGAUUUUGUGUAGCAAAAUUUCUGCCGGGGUAUCAAUUGGAGAGGAUUCAUUGGUUUAUGAUUCAUCACUUUCAGGCAGAGUAAGGAUUGGCUCUCAGUCAAUCGUUGUUGGGGUGAAUAUACAUGAGUUACAUGGGGAUAGUCCUCAAAUUAUCGGGAGUAGCACCUGUUUCACGCUACCCGAUCGGCAUUGCCUUUGGGAAGUGCCAUUGGUAAACUCCAUGGGAAGAGUCAUGGUCUAUUGUGGCCUUCAUGACAAUCCAAAAGUUUCUAUGGAUAGGGAUGGGACAUUCUGUGGAAAGCCAUGGAAAAAUGUUUUGGAAGAUCUUAAAAUCCAGGAUACGGAUAUUUGGGACACAUCCAACCUUGACAAGUGCUUAUGGAAUGCUAGGCUUUUUCCCAUCAUGUCUCCCCCUGAAAUGCUGAGUGUAGGCCUGUGGCUGAUGGGAUCGUCAGGAUGUGAUCCAGAUGGCAAAGUUAGUCGCAUGUGGAGAAAAUCACGGAGAGUCAGCCUGGAAGAACUGCAUCGGUCAAUCGACUACCAUCAGCUUUGCAUGGAUUCAGCCAAGCAUCAAGCAGAUCUUGCAGCCGCCGUAGCUAAAAGUUGCAUGACAUAUGGCUUGCUUGGGCGGAACCUGUUUCAGCUGUGUGAGGAAAUGUUGGGAAAUGAUAGUUCCAGUGUAGAAGUCUGUAAAGAAUUACUUACAUUUUGUCCAAGUCACGGGGAUCAGUACUCUGGUGUUCUUCCUCAGAGCAGAGGAUAUCAGGUCAAAAUGGAUCUACUUAGAGCUUCUGGAGAUCUUUCUACCGCUUCUUUGGUUGAAGAGAAAGUAUGGGCUUCUGUUGCAAGUGAAACUGCAUCAGCUAUAAAAUAUGGGUCUAAAGAACCAUCAAGCAGUGCAACGACGUCAAGCAAUGGAAACCUGCGUCCUAAGAAGGUUGUAGUAGAAUUACCGGUCCGUGUGGACUUUGUUGGGGGUUGGAGUGAUACACCUCCAUGGAGCUUGGAGCGUCCAGGUUGUGUUCUGAACAUGGCGAUAAGCCUAGAAGGGCGCCUUCCAGUCGGGGCUACGACAGAGGCAACAGAAGACCACCAUGGAGUUCUGAUCGAAGAUGACGUCGACAGAAAGGUCUGCAUUGAUGAUCUGUCAUCCAUCUCUUGUCCAUUCAAAGAAGACGACCCAUUCCGUCUAGUCAAGUCUGCUCUCAUCGUCACCGGCAUCCUUGGCCAUGAAUUGCUCUCGACGUCAGGUCUGAAGAUCAGGACCUGGGCAAAUGUUCCUCGCGGAAGCGGCCUCGGAACUUCGAGCAUACUGGCGGCUGCUGUAGUCAAGUGUCUGUUCCAACUCAUGGAAGACGAUGGAGGCGAUGAUAAUGUCGCCAGGGCUGUGCUGGUAGUAGAGCAGAUAAUGGGCACCGGUGGCGGGUGGCAGGACCAAAUCGGUGGCCUGUAUCCCGGGAUCAAGUGCACCCAGAGCUUCCCAGGACAGCCGUUGCGCUUGCAGGUUGUUCCAUUGUUGGCAUCUCCCCAGUUGAUCCAGGAACUGGAGCAGCGUCUCCUCGUCGUGUUCACCGGCCAAGUGAGGCUGGCGCACCGGGUGCUGGAGAAGGUGGUGACGCGGUACCUGCGGCGCGACAGCCUGCUGAUCUCCAGCAUCAGGCGGCUGGCGGAGCUGGCCAGGGCCGGGAGGGAGGCCCUGAUGAACGGCGCGUGCUUCGGGACUCCGCGGCAGGCCUCGACGUCACGGUGUACGACUGGAACGUCGCCGUGCCACUGCCAAGAUGAUGGGCGAUCAUGUUAA